UGGCCUGUGUUUGGAGGCAGGCUCCUCAGGUGCACACCAUGGCUCGCUGGGCGAUUCUGAGCUUUGCCUUGUGCUGCUGCCUCGGGGUGGCACAGGCUGCAACUCUGGGUGUGGUGCUCACCGAGGGAGGUUUUGUGGAAGGCGAGAGUAAACGACGGGGACUCUUUGGGAGCUAUGUGGAUAUCUUCAGAGGAAUCCCUUUUGCUGCCCCUCCAAAGACACUGCAAGACCCCCAACCUCAUCCUGGCUGGGAAGGAACGCUGAAAGCAAAAAAAUUUAAAAAUCGCUGCAUGCAGUUGACGCUUGCACAAACUGAUGUCCGUGGGAAAGAGGACUGUCUCUAUCUGAACAUCUGGGUCCCUCAAGGGAGGAGAGAGGUCUCCACCAACUUGCCAGUCAUGGUCUGGAUCUACGGCGGUGCCUUCCUUUUUGGAGGGAGUCAAGGAGCCAACUUCCUUGACAACUACCUCUAUGAUGGUGAGGAGAUUGCUGUGCGGGGCAACGUGAUUGUGGUGACCCUCAACUAUCGUGUGGGGCCCCUGGGCUUCCUCAGCACUGGAGACGAAAACAUGCCAGGGAACUAUGGGCUGAAGGACCAGCACAUGGCUAUUGCCUGGGUGAAGAGGAAUAUCAAGGCCUUUGGAGGGGACCCAGACAACAUCACCAUUUUUGGGGAGUCAGCUGGUGGUGCUAGUGUCUCCCUGCAGAUGCUGUCCCCAAAGAAUGCAGGUCUGUUCAAAAGAGCCAUCAGCCAAAGUGGUGUCAGUUUGUGCAGCUGGGCCAUACAAAAUGACCCACUCACCUGGGCUAAAAAGGUUGGAGAGCAAGUGGGCUGCCCCACAGAUAACACCACAGUCUUGGCCAACUGCAUCCGUGCCACUGACCCCAAAGCCCUGACACUGGCCUUCCACAUGGAACUGAUCUCCCUGCCUGGUCCCCUGGUUCAUACACUCUCCAUCACUCCUGUUGUUGAUGGAGACUUCCUCCCUGACAUGCCAGAGAACCUCUUUGCCAAUGCUGCUGACAUUGACUACAUUGCUGGGGUCAAUAACAUGGAUGGACAUUUCUUUGCUGGCAUUGAUUUACCUGCUAUCAACCGUCCAUUAGAGAAAAUCACCGUGAGUGAAUUCUUUAACUUGGUCAAAGGAUUUACUGCAGAUAGGGGUGAGAGAGGAGCCAACCUGACGUACGAUCUCUACACGCAGUCGUGGGGUGAUAACCCAGAGCAACAAGUCAUGAAGAAAACAGUGGUGGACCUGACUACUGACUACAUUUUCCUGAUUCCCACGCAGUGGACACUAAACCUGCACCAUAAGAAUGCCCGGAGUGGCAAGACAUACAGCUAUUUGUUCUCCCAGCCAUCUCGAAUGCCCAUAUAUCCAAGCUGGGUAGGGGCAGACCACGCUGAUGACUUGCAGUACGUGUUUGGGAAACCCUUUGCCACCCCUCUAGGCUACCUGCCCAAGCACAGGACAGUCUCAUCUGCCAUGAUUGCUUAUUGGACCAAUUUUGCCAGGACUGGUGACCCCAACAGUGGGAAUUCCAAAGUGCCUGUUACCUGGCCACCCUACACCACUGAGGGUGGUUACUACCUGGAAAUCAACAAUAAAAUAAACUAUAAUUCAGUGAAACAGAAUCUGAGAACCUCAUAUGUGAACUACUGGAAUUCGGUCUAUCUAAAUCUGCCAAAGGUUGCCAGCACAUCCUAGACUGUGGAGCUGCUGAAAACCCAAGCAAAACUACCUUUGAAAGACAGACCAAGUUCAUUAAAGGCUUGCUUGCAACUGAGGGAUUUUGGCUUCUGAAUGUCUUUGUCAUUACGGUUUACUCCCUAACAUUACAGUUAGGCAGGAAGCAGCAUCUAGUCUCUCAG